AUGAUGAGUGAAAAUGCGCAGACACGCCUUCGUCACUUGCUUAGCUCCUCAAAACCUUCGGAUCCAGCUGACUCAAACAAUUUUGAGAAAUUGAAGGCAGCAUACACUGCUUGUAUGGACGAGUCGACGGUCACCAAGCGGGGAAGCAAACCGCUUGAUAACAUGCUGGCCGAGUUCGAGAAGAUAUACAGCCGAGACUCGAUCUCACUUAAAGGAUCGGAUGCCGACCUAACAAAAGCAAUACUCUACCUCAUGGAAUCCGGUGUCGAGGCCCUGUCUGACGAUCGUGACCCGGACUCGGUCGCAAUCUUUGUUAAUCCACUUGGUGAGAUCGGACUUCCAGCAAGGGAAUACUAUAACAGUACGGAAACUGUCAAAGAAUACACUACGGUGGUGGAGAAAGUGCUUGGGGAAUUUGCCUCUAGUAGCGGGACAAAGCACCAUCUGCGCGACGUCGUUACUUUCGAAGCGAAAAUAGCAGAUGUUACCCCGGACACACAAAGCCAGGAAGAUGUGACCAAGUCCUAUAACCCGCGGACCAUUGAGGAGACACAAUCUCUUCUCCCACAAAUCUCCAUGUCAGACAUUAUAUCAGCUCUGGCACCAUCGGAUUAUAGGAGUGACCGUUUGAUAGUAGGAUCUCCGUCCUACAUGAAAGCGUUAUCAUCCAUUUUAAACGAUACUCCAAGAGAGGUCAUUGAUCUUUAUUUCAACUGGAAAAUCAUCCAGACGUACGCAGAUGAAAUAGAAGACCCGAAAAUCCAGCCUCUUCGUGAGUUCAACAAUAGGCUUGCAGGAAAGGACCCGCAGGCCACAGAAGAAAGAUGGCGAAAAUGCAUCAAGUCCCUGGACAGUAGCCUUGGCUGGACGUUGAGCCGAUUUUACGUUCUUAAUUCAUUCUCGGAAGCGUCGAAGGAACUCGGCGAUCAGAUAGUGUCGGACAUCAAGGAGCGAUUCGUGUAUACCUUACGCCAGACAAGCUGGAUGCCCUCCGAAGUGAGAGAUCUGGCGAUCAAGAAAGUCGGCAACAUUGUUCAGAAGAUUGGCUAUCCCACAAAAAGUCCUAAUGUGAUGGACCCAGGAGACGUGGAGAAGUACUAUCAACGCCUGAGGGUAACCAACGAAACUUUCUUCGAGAAUACGGUCGCCGCCGCGAAGUUUGACCUACACAAUGAAUGGUCGAAGCUAGGAAAACCGACAGAUAGAAAUGAAUGGGGCAUGACUGCGCCCACCGUGAAUGCCUAUUACAACCCUCCUGGCAAUGAGAUCGUUUUCCCUGCCGGGAUUAUGCAACCGCCAGCAUUUUACGGGCCGUCUGCUCCUUUAUACCUGGCUUAUGGAGCGUUUGGAGCUGUCAGUGGACACGAACUGUCACAUGCGUUCGAUUCGACAGGUAGACACUAUGACGAGACUGGAAACUAUACUGAUUGGUGGGAUGACAAGACGGUCGACGCGUUCGAAGAGCGAGCCCAGUGUUUCGUCGACCAAUACUCGGACUUCACCGCUCCUGAACAGGGUUCGGAGCCCCUUCACGUCAACGGACGUCUUACUCUUGGUGAGAACAUCGCGGAUGCUGGAGGCAUUGGUGCUGCAUAUCACGCUUGGAAAAAGCAUGAACAGGUCUCCCCGGACCCUCAGCUGCCUGGGCUUUCUAAGUUCACCAAGGAGCAGCUCUUCUUUAUUUCAUAUGCAAACUGGUGGUGUAGUAAGACUACUGCAGAAGCCGCUCGAAAGGCUAUCUACAACGACCCACAUGCCCCCAAACCAGCAAGGAUUAUUGGAACGAUGGAAAACUCUCGAGAAUUCAAGGAAGCAUUUAACUGCCCGAUGAAGAAGCCCGUCUGCAAGCUCUGGUAG